GGGAAAGCCUUCCAAAACAUUUCACACAUCCACACUCUGCCUUCAGGUCUUGCUUCCCCCCCGACCACGUCCUUUAAGAUCUCGACGCUCACCACAGCGCACCGCGUUCUUCUCGGCUGCAGGGAUCCGGAUUGCUCCCCCUAACCUCGACGCUUCUGUUUCUCUUGCUCACUUGUUCCUCGUCGGCCAGCGCACGUUUACUUCUUUAUUGUUUGGAAACGGCGCCUUGCAUGACCCGUGUGUUUUCCAUCACAGAACAACAUUACCACCCUACCACUGUCACGACAAGCAGACGACGAUGGAUCACGGUACGCUAUACAGUUCUCCAAAAUGCUUCUUUGCACCGAGAUCGCUCUUCUACCUGCGUUUUAUUGGCUGAUCAUCCGAGGUAAACAGAACACCUUGCUCAGGCCCUAAGGGCGAAGAAGAGACCACAAUCCCGGGCCUCGACCGCUUCUGUUCACAGCAUCUCCACGCAGCCCAACAUGGAGCAACAACAACAACAACAACAGUCCUUCACCGACGCGCCCGAGCUUUAUUCGGCACAAUGGGUUAACAAUGACCAAAGGCAGCAGAGGAGCCUCGCGCCUGCGUCCCGGAUAACGCCCGAGGAGAUGAUGCUCCACGCUGCUGCAACUCAGAUGCAGAACGCCCGCGAAUAUUCCAUGCCUCCCGGAAUGGGUGCCUCGAUGAGCCAGACGAGCACGCACAUGAGCCAUUCCAUGUCGUUCCAACAGCACGCCAUGACGAGGCAUCCCUUGCCGUCCGAAAGCUUUGCCAACAACAGCUUCACUGAUGAUAGCCAGAUGAUAGAUCGCGACGAGGACGGAGACUCCUUGGCGGGAGCGAUGGGCAUGCACAAAUCGAGCUCCGCCAGGUCCAGUGCUAACAAUGAGUUGGAAAUGCGUCACCUGUUCAACGCAAACAAGCACCGCGGCUUGCAGGAUGUUGCCAGCGAACUGCACGGCAAUGAACGAGGGCCUAACUCAGAACGUACUCGACAAGUCUUCGCCAUGCUCUGGAUCAAUUCGGUAUGCAGCAAGGGCAAGGGAUCUGUGCCGCGAGGCCGUGUAUAUGCCAACUACGCGUCCCGGUGUGCUACCGAGAGGAUUACCGUCUUGAACCCUGCCAGCUUCGGUAAACUUGUCCGCGUCCUGUUCCCUGGCCUCAAGACCAGGCGACUUGGCGUGAGAGGAGAGUCCAAGUACCACUACGUCAACUUUUGCCUGGUUGAUGACCAACCUGACCUCCGCGAGCCCGAGCCUCACAUCCCGGUGGCCAUAUCCGAACCCACCCGUUCCCAAAGCUUUAGCGCUGUUCCCACCAAAUCCCAGCCAGCGAAAGCCGUUCUGCCGUCGCCCGAUGUCACUAAGCGGCCAGAGAGCCCAGAUCAAGCCUCGCAUGGCCACUCAAGAUCACAUAGUUUCUACAGUCAUCCGAACGUGACCAGUGCGGAUCAUUUGAACUCGUCUACCACGAAGACAUCGCUCCAAUUCUCAUUCCCUUCGGAAGCGGAUGAGGCCCUUCUUCAAUCCACCGAACCUCUUGUGCUACCCCGGAUGGAGCCUUUCUUACCUAAUGGAACUGACCCCGAUGCUGCGAAGAGCCUGUCUGCUCUGUAUAGGUCGCAUUGCACUUCCCUUGUCGAGUGCGUUCGCUACUGCAAGGAGAAGACUUUCUUCCAUCUCUAUACGUCGUUCCAGGGCACGUUGACAAUGCCAGUCCAGAAGCUACUUGGUCACCCUAGUCUCGCCCCCUGGGUUGAGGAAUGCGACUUCAUUCUCUAUCAACGCAUGCUUAGGAUCAUCUCCGGCCUCACCCUCCAGGUCGUGCCCAAACCGGUUCUUGACACGCUACGUAACAUCUCGGAGCGACUCGUGCCCCACAUUCGGGAGGCUUUCCAGGGACAGCCGCACCACGUUAUUCGGGCCAAGGAGGCGCCAGCGACCAUAUUCGCUGCUCUGUUGGACCGAGCCCUGAGAGUCAAUCUCACCGCCCAUGCGGCGGCCAACAUGCUGUCGAAUCCGGCCAAUCGCGACCAGAUGUACCUUGACUGGAUUACCAUGGUGCGUGUACGCAAGGUGGCCGAGUGUGUACCUACUCGGGGCAUGGAUGACCUCGUCAACUUGCUCGUCUCCGAACUUCGGGACCUCCUUAGCCCUCUGAACGUACCCUGGGAGGUGGAGUGCUUGACUGUUUACGGCGACAUUGCCCUGAGGAACGGCCGUCAACUGGAUGCUGAGAGCACAGGAGAGCACAACGGCCAGAACGUACUGGAACGCUGGGUUGGCUUCCUCAAGUCACUACCAACGCGGUUUCCUUAUGCGUCACACACGGAGAUUGUCUACUCAGUUCAAAGAGUUGGCACGGCAGUGAUGCGGGAUCUUACCAUGGCCCAGGGCAAGAGCUUCGGUUCUUGGUGGGUUACCAAGUGCUGGAUUGACGAGAUGACCUGUUUCCUCGCCGAGCAAGGCGGGUUCCUACAGAUGAGGACAUCUGGCGCUUCGGCGGCUCUCGUCAACACCCAGUCGGCUACUCAGGAGGCGAGCCACCAAGGGUCCCGGUAUAGCACCGGCGGCGAGGAUUUCAACUUUUCAAGCCUCCCCCAAGCACAACCUGAUAAGGCGCCGUUUCCUCCAUCAACGAGCCAAAGUCAGGUUGAUUCUACGGGAAACAACCCGGAUGACAGUGGAAUUGGCAUCCGGACACCGGAGGAGGACUUCCCCAUGGACAAAUACACCUUCUCACACUCGGAGGUCAACCAAGCACUACUUGCCAACGCCGAUUUGCAACAAUGACGAAAGGAGAUCGAACUAUAGUCGCGCCUGGCAAACCAGGUGUUUUUUUUAUUGAUAGCCGCCUGUCAGACGGCCUCUUGCAGAGGCUCAAUGCCAGAUGAGGACUGUCGACAACAGUGCGAUGACGAUGGCACGACUGGACGAUUGUAUGAGCGCGGAAAAUUCUGUAGCCAUGUGGCUGGAAGAACUUCAAUGGGUACUACGCCUGUUUUAUUCUAGGACAGGCUUUGGGUUUAUUUUUAUUUUUUAUUUUUUGGAUUUCGCGGUUUGGUGUUUAACUUGCUGGGCGAUUACGGUCGGCAUCUGCAUUUGGUUCUCGUGGGUUUGCUAUACCAAUUGUGUCUGGUUAGGGGCAAAGCAACGAUACCUGAAUUAUACGUUCAUCUAGUUGUAAUACAUCCCGAUAGGGAGAGAGCAUUGAGCAUACAGCCAUGUGCCGCUGGGU